CGGGGGUGGGGAGUCAUGCCUCCUGUCAGACUUUAUGACGUCAAUGUCGGGGGGCAGCGGCUGGGGGGCCAGGAGUCGCGGGCGGAGUACGAGAGGACGGUGGAGGUCACCAAUGCCCCCGAUACCUUCCCUUGCGGACAUAUUCUCUGUCAUAAGUGUAUAAGGAGUCACGUGAUUCCGAACCGUCGGUCCGUCUGGGAGUGUCCGGUGUGUUCCAAGGAGUCCGACUCCGUCAGUCUACCGGAAGUGACCGGCGGGCAUGCAUGGGAAGCGGAGGAUGAGACUCAGCACAUCAAACUGAUGUCUAAUUACGAUCAGAUGGUGCAGAAGCUGGGCAGUGUGGACUACUCCUUGAGGAGGCUAAAGGACGAAAAGGUAGAGGCCAAGUCUGUGGGCCUGUCCUAUACAACGUGUCCCUGCAGUCUGUGCGGGGAAAAUCACGGAACGCUUUCUGUGACGCAGGAGUACAACCAGCUGCGCGUCCAACAUUUGCGUCCCAGCUACAUCGACCAUUUCUUUUACCGACUGUGUACGGGACGCGUCGUGACGUCAUUUUACAGCGUGGUGAGUUCUGCCUGCGUAUGUGUUCCCUGUACAUACAGAGAAAUCCAUGAACACCCUCACAAAUUCCCUGCCAUAACCAACAACAAUCUUAAGGGCUCUCCGGAAAACGCCUUGGCGGAAGUAGGAAAAGUGGUCACGAGUAGUAACGCCCCCAUAGAGGCCCUGCAGGGCAAAAGUGUGAUAGAAAUUGACCACAACAUAAGCAUCAAAGAGCGCGCCGAUAUGUUUACGUUUAAUACCACGGCGGACAUGAUAAAGAGACUGGUUCGGAGGGAGGAGGAGAAUUUGGAUCUUACAAAAAAGAUUCCAGACGUAUUCAAAGAUGCAGUUAUACAGGGAAUGUUAGAAUUUGAAUGGGAUCUUUUUAUUGAAGCCAAACGCAAAGAGUUGAGGGGAGAGACGUGGACCUUUGAGGAGAAGGCUAUCUGCUUCAGUAAUGGUCAGCUCAUUGGGGGACCCGAUGAUUUCGUGAUCUGGGCCGAGGACAACUUUAACUUUGAGGAGUUCCGUCCCCUACCUCUCUACGAGACGCUAAGGGAGGAAGCUUAUAUCUCACAUCUCAGCUCCAAAAACCAUGAUUAUGUUUACCUAGAUGUGUCUAUAGGAGGGGAGGCGGCAGGGAGGCUUGUUAUUGAGUUAUUCUCUGACAUCGUCCCACGGUCCUGUGAGAACUUCAAGGCCCUGUGUACCGGAGAGAAAGGAAAGUCGGAGUCGGACUACACACUACAUUACCUAAACACACUGUUUCACAGGGUGGUCCGAAACGGGUGGAUCCAAGGGGGUGACAUUUAUCAUGGAAGAGGAAAUGGAGGGGAGUCUAUUUAUGGCUAUGUGUUUGAAGAUGAGAACUUUGCGGUGCCUCAUUUGCGGCGGGGAAUGGUGGGAUUUGCUAACAAAGGACGCCACACGAACGGCUCCCAAUUCUACAUCACACUACAACCCACCAAGUGGAUGGACACCAAAUAUGUGGCGUUCGGACAAGUGAUUGAGGGAACACAGACUCUGAAAAAGAUGGAGGAACAGGACACGAUGAACGAGCGGCCGACCAAGGACAUCAAGAUCACCGACUGUGGGGUGCUACAGUUCCAGUUCUGAGAGCGAGGCUCACUGUGUAUACAAAUGAAUCCUCCAGAUACGGGGGUUGGGAGAGAAGGGGGUGGGGUGGGGGGAGGGUUACUGUUAAUAUGAAUUUGGAUUACAGCGCUGUUUAUACAGAUCUGGAACAAUACGCUACUGUGAUCAAAAUUUCAUAAAACAUUACAUCAAACUCAAGAUUCUUUACGAUGUUAUAGUGUACUUGUAUUUAUAUCAUUAAGUUUUGUAUUUUGAAGAUUAUAUUCAUUAAAUCUCAGAAUUGAUGAAAUAACUGACUUAGGUAUUUUUUUUUGCAAGAGGAUUUUUGUGAAAUUGAACAAAUUAUAAAAUAUAACAACAGCAAUAUUUGUUCUUCA